GGCGGUUGCUCGCUCCAGCCCAGUGCGCGCUCCCGCCUCGUCUGUCAGUGAUCGCUCCGGCCGGAGACACGAUGCAGCCGCUCCCCGGAUCAGCCUGAGACAUGGGGGGAUCUAGUGGAUCGGGGAUCCCUGUGGGGACCGCCGUGUGCUGCUGUCUGCUGCUCCUGGCCAUGUGCACCGGGAGCCCAGGUGAGAGACGUGACAGAGCAUCACUAUGCCGCAACAGUCUGAACUGUCCCCUACACAAGAGAGAGGUCUGUCCUCACGGCUCGACGGAGUGCGGCCCUUGUAUACACGGAUACCAAGAAAACAGCAAAGGAAAAUGCGAGGAGGCAAAACAAGUGAAGGUGAGGGGCCCAGAAGCAGUCAUUGACUUCCUGGCCUCCAUUCUAGAGAAGCAGACGCCGCCACGUGUAGAAUUUGCACAGCAAGUAAACGCCACGACGUCCCAGGCUCCUCCUCCGCCUCCUCCACCGGCAGAAGGACCAUCGGGGCGAAACAACGUACCAGGUGCUCCUAGACCAACAAGGCGACCUCCCAAUGACGCUGUGCUGCUAGGUGUCGUGGUGGCGUGUGGGGUCGCCGGACUCCUGGCUUUGAUCAUUGCUGGCGGGUGCUGGUGCAGAAUGCGCAAGGAGAUGAAGCUGGCAGAACGGACAGACUACCCCGCAUACAAGCAGUCUCCCCCUCCGCCAUAUGAGAACACGUCGCCCGGUGAUAAAAAAUUGGCCCAAAAUGCCCAAAUGUAUCACUUCCAGCACCAGAAGCAACAGAUGAUCUCCAUGGAUAAAAAUAAAGAGCUAAAACACCCGGAUUCUGCCAUCACGUCGGACGAAGAGAAUGAAGACGGUGAUUUCACAGUAUACGAGUGUCCAGGUUUAGCCCCAACAUAUAAGCAGCAUUUACAAUCUGGGCCCCUAAAGUAUCAGACAGGAGAAAUGGAGGUAAAAAAUCCGCUCUUUGACGACUCCUCCCUCCACCACCCGACCAAUGGCCAUCACUAGCCAACUCCGCCUGCAAACCAAGACCCAGUUCUGAAAAAAAAAUCAAUAAAGCUCAAGACGUCAAAAAAAAAUUCCAUAAACGUUUUGAGAUUUUUUUUCCUGAAUAUGAUCAACUAUUUUGUUUUAUUUUAAAUAUUAUAAUGUUUUUUUUUAAUUUAGCAAAAAAAAAAAGGACUGUUUUCAGCUCCACUGGCAGUGACAAAAUAGUAAAGACUGUUAAACAAGUGACGACCCGUCGCCCGGAUACUCCGACCUCUUUUUAUUUUUAUUUUUAUAAUUUAAAAUAUAUUUUUUUUUUUUCCUUUUUUCUUUUUUUCCAUUUGAAUCUUCUCCUUCUUUGGCGAAGAUGGGAUGGUCACGUGUUCAUGACAGCGAGCGAGAGGGAAAUCCGACCGUCUCAGACUGGAGAAUCUACCUUCCGAGUGCACAGAGCCAGUCUGGAGCUCGGCAGCUUGUUAUCCAUAUCGGUUCAUUAUGUGUCCGGAGAUAAAAAAAAAAAAGAAGAUUGAUUGUUACUUCCUUGAAUAACAUUUGCACUUUUAUAAACAUAUUGUAAUGUAUCCCGAUAUAUAUACAAUGUAUCCGUUACCCAGAUGGCAUUUAAAGCCAUACUCCCUUCAUGGUUUACGUUGCUGUCUUGUUUUGUCUAAAAAAAACAAAAACAAAAAAACAAUCACAGGUAGGGCCGUACAGUCUGAAAAAAAAAAGUGAUAUAUUUUCUUGCAGGAAGAUAAUUUUGGGGGGUAGCUUCCCCUUUAAGACGGAACGCAACCCGCCUGGUGUCCCUUACACGCAACCUUUGCAGGUAUGUCAGAAUAUAGCAAUGCAGAAAUGAAUACUCUGACCUCGCUGUGUUUUAUAUGUAGGUUUGUGCAUGUCUGUAUGGGACAUGUGCUAAGUUAGUGUUUCCCAACCAAAGUGCCUCCAGCUGUUGCAAAACUACAACUCCCAGCAUGCUGGGAGAUGUAAUUUUGCAACAGCUGGAGGCACACUAGCUAGGAACAGAGUACUACAUAGUUAAAAGGGUCCGCUUUAAACAGUGGUUUGUGCAUGUCUGAAUGGGACAUGUGCUAAGUUAGUGUUUCCCAACCAGUAGGCCUCCAGCUGUUGCAAAACUAUAACUCCCAGCAUGCUGGGAGAUGUAGUUUUGCAACAGCUGGAGGCACACUAGUUAGGAACAGUGUACUAGGUAGUUAAAAGGGUUUGUGCACGUCUGUAUGGGACAUGUGCUAAGUUAAUGUUUUCCUAACUAGUAGACCUCCAGCUGUUGCAAAACUACAACUCCCAGCAUGCCCGGACAGCCGUUGGCUGUCCGGGCAUGCUGGGAGUUGUAGUUUUUCCACAGCUGGAGGCACUCUGAUUGGGAAAUACUGUACUAUGUAGUUAAAAGGGUCCACUUUAAACAGCGCCACCCCUGUCCAUAGGCUGUGUCUGGUAUUGCAGCUUAUCCCCCAUACAAGGGAAUUGGAUUGCACUGCAAUACCAGAUGCUGUCUAUACAGCCAUGUUUUUCUAACACUGGACAGUUCCUUUAACCCUGCUUUUUGAAGCUGCGCUACCCAUUUGAAGAGGGGUACUCCAGCAUUUGAAAACAUAUCCCGUUUCCACAGGAGUGGGGAUGAGUGUUUGAUCGCGGGGGGUCCGAACGGGACCUGAAUCUCCCCAUGCAUGGAGUAGGUUCGACCCGCCUCCUCUCUGCAUUCUCUAUAGGUGCGUUGGUGAUAUUUUGAGCGAUCUACCCGGCUAUAUCCGGCGCUCCUAUAGCGAAUGCAUGGAUGGGGGGAGUGUCUGUCCGGCCACAGGUAUAGGGGGGGGGGUACUUCUUUAAGAUUGCAGGCUGCAGAGGACAUGCUGGGAUCUGGGAAGAGGCAUCGGGUAAGAAGGUAAAUUAUUGAGCACCAGAGUUAUAUAACUUUAUAGACAUAACAGUCCUGCCCUAAUCCAAUAUGGAGCACAGGGUCUUCCUUCCCUUCGGGGAGUGUUUGAGGACACCCUAUUUACCUCUACAGACCCUAACGCAGUGUGUCCCAACCAGUGUGCCUCCGGCUGUUGCAAAACUACAACUCCCAGCAUCUUAGAGUUGCAGUUUUGCAACAGCUGGAGGUCCAUAGUUUGGAGACCACUAGUGUAUAGUCAUCUGUAAAACAUGUUUAAUCACAGGGCUCCGAGGAAAGAUGAAAUUGCCCAAAACUCAGUCUAGAUCUCACCAUGUGCGGCCAACUUAUCCAGGAUUACAAAUCAUAGCUGAUUUCCGAAACAAAAUAAAAAUAAAAAAUAGCGCCACUCUUGUCCUCAGGUUGCCCCUGGUAUUACAGCGCAGUUCCAUUGAAGUUAGUCAAGCUGAGUUGUAAUACCACACACAACCAGGUGUGGGGCUGUUUAUGGAAGAAUGCAGCUAUGUUUUUCACAUCCUGGAUAACCCUUUUAAAGUCUCUCAUCUCAAUUACGUAGAGAGAUGUAUAUAGGGUUGUCUCUUUAUCAAAAUUGGGAGGGAGGGGGGGGGGGGUCCAUAGUAGUCCAAGCACCCAGACCCCUCCACCCAUGUGACCUCCUGAAAUGACCUCUGCAGUCUGUCACCUCCCCCCAAUCAUGGACGCAGACCAUAUCUAGUGCUGGUGAGGAGGUUUCCUGUGUCAUUGUAUGCGUCUACAGGGUCGCUCAGCAGGGGGCGCUGUUUCCAAUCCGUAUUGCACUACUUGUAGAUUCCAUCAAUCACAGCUGAGAACAGUAAAACCGUCAUUUUUCUUUUCUUUGCACAAAUUGUAAUUGUAAAAUAUGAGAGAAUUAUUCUGUGUCUGUCCGUGUCUUUCCUUUUGCAGAUGCUAUUCCGCUCCUUUUACCAAUAUAUUAGACAUUUUAUUUAUCUCA